AUGGAGAGACCCGCUGCCCGGGACCCGGAGCGCGCGGAGGACUCCGGAGAGGAGUCCGACCGGGCCAUGCGCCCUCUCCGACCGGCACCGGGACACCAGCUGCACCGGAUCACCAACUUCUACAUCGACAACAUCUUGAGGCCGGACUUCGGCCGCAAGCGGAAGGACGGGACGCCGGUCCGGGAUGGAGACCGGCUGGGGGGGCUCAUCCGGAGAGAGGAGCACACCGGGAGAAAGUCCUCCAAAAUGGGCAACCCGCAGCAGGGAGGACCGGGAGGCGAGGAGGAGGAGGAGGAGGAGGAAGACACGGGGGCAUCCGACGACCAGCACCCAGACACUGAGGCCGGGGGCCCUGGCCUGAGGGCCGGGGAAGGGGCCGCGGAGGACCGCAGCCCCGAGGCCGGCGCGGCCCCCGCGGCCAAGCCGAUGCUGUGGCCGGCCUGGGUGUACUGCACGCGCUACUCCGACCGGCCGUCCGCAGGGCCCCGGUCCCGGAAGCCGAAGAAGGCCCCGGUCCCGAGCCGAGAGGACAAGCGGCCCCGGACGGCCUUCACGGCGGCGCAGCUGCAGCGGCUGAAGACGGAGUUCCAGAACAACCGGUACCUGACGGAGCAGCGGCGGCAGAGCCUCGCGCUGGACCUGGGCCUCAACGAGUCCCAGAUCAAGAUCUGGUUCCAGAACAAGCGGGCCAAGAUCAAGAAGGCCACCGGGAACACCAACGCCCUGGCGCGGCACCUCAUGGCGCAGGGCCUGUACAACCACGCCGGGGCCAAGGACGCCAAGUCGGACAGCGAGUAG